AUGGGGCGCUUUAGCUGGUUAACGGAGGGUUCGAGUAGCUCUGACCAGCUGGCUACUCGAAGCUCUGCUAGGGUAGUCAGUAAGGACGAAGAAGAUGUGAGUUCUCAUACCAGUCGAGAUAUAAGCUAUGGAAUACCGAGCAGAUGCUACUGCGGUUUGUUAACUCCGCUGAAAAUGAUGGACCAUACGGACGAGCAUCCAGGGCGGAUGUUUUUUGGAUGCAAGAAUUAUAAGCUUGGUUUCCCACAUCUUAUGAAAUGGUGGGACGAGGCUAUGAUGGAGGAGUUUCUACAACUCAAAUGGGCCGUCGACAACCCUCGUUUUGGCUUUCGCCAACCUGAAUCUGAAGAACGCGAAACCUUGCUUCGGACUGAGGCAGAGUUAACUGAUGUGAAGAACCAAGUUCUGAAGAUGAAGCGUUUAAGAAGAGUCGAGGUGACGACGGCGGUUACUCUAUUCGGGUUGAAACACUUAAUUUGGUUGUGCGUAUUGCAAAUCAUCGUAUUCCUAAUCAGAGACCUCUUACGUAGAACUCCAAAUAGACCUCAUACAGGCGAUUUCGUUGUCUCCGCCGAAUACACAACCGCCGUCUCCGCCGAUUACACAACCCGCUGUCUCCGCCGAUUACACAACCCGCUGUCUCCGCCGCUUACAGAACCCGCUGCCGCCGGUUUCCAGAUCUUCGUUGGCGUUAGGCGUUGGGAUUUCGCGAACAACAGGAUGUCAAAGCCGACAUUCCCCAGGAGAUUCUACACCAAAGGAGGCGAUCCGGACGCAGGGAAAAGCAUUUCCAGGUGUAGCAAGAACACCAAGCUCUUGAUAGUCUCCGAAAGCUCCUCACCGACGACGAAUGGAAUGAAAUCAGUGACUCCAGGAUUGGUUGUAUGCAAGAAGAAGUAUGAGAUAUGGAGCGCUGUGGGGGCAAAUCCGAUAAGAUUCUCAUUGCACGAGUUCUCAGCCAUCACCGGCCUCAACUGCGAGUAUGUUGAGAACCUAGAGACACCUGAUGCUCCAGCAACGGAUGCCGUGUGCGAGUUCUGGGAGAGGUUGGGUGUCAACGUCGAGGUAGGGCCUAGCAUUGACCAGCUGGCUGAAGCUUGUGAGUGGGCAGGCGAGUGGCCAAGGGAGGAUAAGCUUAGAUUGGGCUACCUAGCCAUAUACGCAGGCUUCAUUCAAGCCCGUAGAUCCGCUGCCGAGACACCUGUCAAGCUAGCUAGGCUUGUGUUGGAUUUGGAGAAGUUUGAGGAAUACCCGUGGGGCCGAGUUUGUUUCUUGCAGCUCAUCAAGUCCAUUAAAGGAGUGGAUUUGGAGAAGUCGGGUUAUGUGCUGGAGGGUUUCAUCGAGGUUCUCCAAAUUUGGGCUUUUGAGAGCAUGCCGAAUUUUGCAGAGAAAUACGGUGCUCCUCUGCCAUCUAAACCAUCACCACCGCUCCUUGCGUACAAGGGUAUUCAAGGCAAAAGGUACAUCGCGGAGGCAAUGCUGAAGCAGGUUGUUUUUAAAAACUGUGAGCUAGUCGAUAGGGAAGAAGUUUAUCCACGCUGGGAUGAUGAUGUAGAAGAUUUGUACGUCGACAACAUCAUCAAGGCAAUCUACGGGGAGUUAGGUGGUCGGUGGAGGUGGAAGCCAAGCGACUGGGACGAGGAAGGUGUCUUGGUCUCCAAUCACCCGCGAGUGGACGUGAAGCCUCCAAUAAAAGUGGAGGCUAGUUUCACAGAUUCGAAGAAGAGACCUCGUCCUACUCCUCCAUCGAACUAUGAUGAUAUCGAGGAGACGAUGCAGAGGUUGAUUUCUGACUGCACCCGGACCUUGUCUGCUGAUCUGAAGGCAGGGUUCCAGAGUAUGACCGGCAACUAG